GCUUACCGACGAGCAUGAAUCUGCGGAUGUCUAAAUACAGACCGCACUCCGGGGAGGCUGUUAUGCUAACAUGAUUCAGAGAUAGCUAACAAGACUCCAAAUAUGCUACUGAAUUUUGUCGUCGGUAAGAUCAGGGAAGCCAGUCUCUGUUUCGUAAAUAUUAGCUUUGGAUUGCUUUUAAAGCUUUUCUUCAGCUUUCCCAGGGACAGGAAAAAGCCGACAUUACAUUUAAGCUUAGUGUUAAGUUUUUGUUUAUUUGGUGCUUGGCGAUAAGUAAGCAUGUCACAAGUGUUAUUGGUUUGUUCCCUUUAACAGACCGCAAUAGAAUGAUUCCGGGAUAUUAUUCAUUUAAUACAAUUUUGGACGAAAUAGUGGCGAAAGCAAGUGAAUCGACCUAUCGAGAGAGACAAGAAUUAAAUAAGCAGAACUUCAGCGUAAAAUCAAACUUAGACCUUCAGAGCCCAAAUGUUAGCAACCAACUCUAAUAACACUUUCAAAGCCUUUACCGAGGGUUCCCAGAACGACAUGCCGAGCGACAAAUAUAUCGCGACUUAUGUCUGGAUCGACGCCGAACAAGGACUGCGAAGCAAGUCACGAGUGCUGGAAAGGCGAGUUAUAAACCCCUCUGAUGCGCCUGUGUGGAACUUUGACGGGUCUUCAACUGAGCAGGCGACUGGACGUAACAGCGAUUGCUGGAUCAAACCCAGAGCCGUAUUCAAAGAUCCCUUCCGACUGGGACAUAACGUCCUGGUCUUGUGCGAUGUAUUCAAUUUUGAUUGGACGCCAGCUGUCGGAAACAGUCGUGUGUCGUGUCUCGAAGCAAUGGAUAAACCCGAAGUCAAAGAAGCCAAACCCUGGUUCGGAAUCGAACAGGAGUACUCCAUCCUUGAGCAAGCAGGACACCCUAUCGGGUGGCCACGGGGCGGAUAUCUCGGACCCCAAGGUCCUUACUACUGCGGAGUCGGCUCUGGGAAAGUAUUCGGUCGCGCAGUGGUUGAAACUCACCUACAUCAUUGUUUAUACGCCGGAGUCAAAAUUUGCGGGACGAACGCGGAAGUUAUGCCGAGUCAAUGGGAAUACCAAGUUGGUCCUUGCGAGGGCAUCGAAAUCGGAGAUCAUCUUUGGAUGUCGAGGUACAUCCUCAAAAUGGUGGCUGAAGAUUUCAACUGUAGUAUAACCUUUGACCCCAAACCUGUUUCGGGUGAUUGGAAUGGUGCUGGGUGCCAUACUAAUUACUCAACCCUUGCGAUGCGGCAACCAAACGGAAUCGAAGAAAUGUUUAAGGCGAUUGAAAAAUUUAGGAAACGACCAAAUGUCCAUCUAAAAGCAUACGACGCAAGCUCGGGUGAGGAUAAUAAACGAAGACUUGUAGGUGCCUACGAAACGGCGAGUUACAAAGAGUUUUCGUCUGGUGUCGCUAAUCGAGGCUCGAGUAUCCGGAUUCCUAGACAUUGCGAAGCCGAGAAAUGCGGGUACUUAGAAGACCGAAGGCCCGCCGCUAACUGUGACCCGUACGCAGUUUCGGAAAUUAUUGUCCGAACUACUAUUUUGAACGAAGAGGGCGACUGCGAACCAAUUUAAACCCAAAAAACUUUCAUGAAUAGCGUCGGUUAAGCGUAACUUUUAGUUUCACAGCACAAUUAUGUGUAUUUUCGUUUUAUAUCAAAAGUAGUUACGUGAUUGGGCCUGGUAGCUUUGUUUAUUAGCAUAAGCUAUGCCAAAGAAUACCAGCGGAUUUAGGGGGUCAAAUCCCCCUCAGGGAUUCGACUCCUUGACGACCCAAAGGGUCCCCAUUUGUACUACUUUGAGCUUUUCAUUUUUGGCAGACUUUUUCUAAGGGCGCCUUAGGCGCCAAUAUUUACUAUUUUUAAGUGGGGGGGGGGGGGUGGCAAAAAAACGCGAGUUUCAAAAUUUUUCAAAAAGUGUCUAAAGACGCCUUUAGGCACUUGCCUGCGGCGCAAACAUUUUGUUAAAAUAGGGUCUAAGUACUGAUUUGGGAGAGAAAAUCAAAAAAUCAAUUUGGUCGACCUAAGAAAAAAGGUCGACCAAAGAAAAAAAAUGAAAAUCCCCCCCCCCCCCCCCCCCCCCCUCGAGAGAAAAUCUGUUUCACUGUAGUUGUAAAAAUCAGUUUCUCUGAGGUAGUGAUUAAUUGAGAGCAAGAUUUUAAAAAAAAAAUGCACUUGUCAAAAGGUACUCGCGUUAAUCGCUACACUAAUGCUCGUAAUCACAGUAAAUGGUGUUUGUAUUUUUAUAUGCAUCUUCACAUUACAAUCCACGAAGUUAUCAGCAGCAGUAAAUAUUAUCAGUUAUCUAUUUGGCAACUUUAAUUAUCAGCUUGAAGAAUUAUUUGAUUUUUAGUUCGUCA